AUGGCCCAAACCAGUUUGCUGAAGGGGAAGCGCUUUUACUGCAGGGAGUGGGUCUUCCACAAGAUCCAGCACUGCCUCCAGGAAAAGACUAAUGGCCUGAGUGGUGUGACCAGCACUCCCAGCAAGCAGGCCGGUGCCUCCGGCACUGGCGCAUCCAACCCCAGCGGCAGCUCCGCAGCAGGCUCUGCGAAGGCCACCGCCUGGGGGGUGUUGCUGGUGGGGGGGCCUGGGAGUGGGAAGACGGCCCUGUGCACGGAGCUCCUGUGGCCCACCUCAGCCCAGGGCACUCAUCGGGGGCUGCAGCAGCAGAGUCUGGCCUUCCAUUUCUGCCGGGCGGACGACUCGGACACACUCUGCCUAGGCGGCUUCAUCCGAGGUCUGGUGGCCCAGAUUUGCCGGAGCGGCCUGUUGCCGGGUUACGAGGAGAAGGUGCGCGACCCAGCGGUGCAAAGCGCCCUGCAGCCAGGGGAGUGUGAGAGAAACCCCACUGAGGCUUUCAAGAGGUAGGUGAAGCCUGCUGCCCACCCCGUUGCCUCCUCUCCCCUCCUGUCCUUACCCCACCCCUCCCCCUUUUACUGCUCACACACUUCCCUUAACCCCACCCCAGCAGUCCUCUGUCCCCCUACCCAUUGAUAUAGUGUUUGUGUUGUUGUUUUCCCGUUCUGUGGCAUGCUGUGGCCGCUAGCCCUUGGUUGAGAAAAGGUCAGUUAUUUUAAGUGGCACCCAGGCUCAGGUGGCCGGAGGGAAGAACGUACUGCUUUGAAGUGUGUGACUGACUGCCCUAUAUGAAGAUGUGGGCUGCACAUGUGAAACAAAGUACCGUACAGGAUCAAGCUUGGUCAUAUAAUGUGAUCCACACUGACUUUUCUCUCUGUAAGACUGGGGCUUUAAAAGGGGUUUUAAGCUGUAUUUUUUAAAGGAACUGCCUUGUGUGUAUGUUUGUGUGUAUGUUACAUGCAUGACUUGUCUGCACGACGGGUCAACCAGUCUAUACUAAACACACAUGGGAUGGAAUGCAGUGUUGAACACACAUGCCUCUUGUCUGGCCAUCUGGUGAUGCUUAUUGCACCAUGUCUACAUCACACACUGGGAAAGUGGGUCAAACGUUCAGCGAGGUAAAUCAUUUUUAAAUGGUCAACGGACUCAUUGAUUUCCCUGGUCUUUUACAUCUUUCCCAAAGGAAGUUGAGGAAGUAGCCCUGUGUCAGUUAGUAUAGUAACAAGGCACUCCCUAUUGAUGCCUGGGACUUGACUGUGAACUUUGAGAUAGAAGACAGGUUAACAUGGGGACGUAAACAACCAGUGGAAAGACAGAGGGCCAGUUCUGGUCAGUGUCAAGGGAAUAGAAAGCUUCUCACAGACAGCAUCGCCAACCCAGCCUGGCCUAAACAAGGGCAUUUCUUUACCGCUUGAGGUUUGGUUCAGACUCUGUGGACAACAGACAGAAUUCUUAUCCAACGAAGAUUACAACCUUUUGUUUGUGGAGUAAAUAUGCACUCUGGAGAAUGUCUUAUCACCAUCUCAGGUGUAAAAGCAUAUUGGGCACUGUUGUACACAAAUACUAGAUGCUAUCAGGUUGCAGAAAGUUGGAAUGUGGAAGAUCUGUAUCGCAGCCAAUAUCCUCCGCUCUAUCUUUGUGUUCUGGCAUUUGCAAUAGGCAAAGAAAGCAAUGGAGGAAUAUAAAAGUGUAUUAUUUUUCCAAAGUUAUGGUUCCCCUAAUUUACUUUAGAAAUGAAAUGUCACAGGGGGUGGGAAACUCAUCUCAGGUGAACAUGUUCCCAAAAAAUAAAAAAAUGUGCACAAAUGUGUUCAUUUGUAAAGGUUAGGAUCCUGGUAAACAAGACUGGUGGAGCCUUGACCUCGGACUCUGUUUUAAAACCUUACCAGCAUGUGAAUGCCAGAGGGGUUGGCCAAAUUCCUUGGCCAAACAAGCAUGUUUGUUGAUCGUAAUCACUGGUUGUGUCAAUAUAUUAAACCUGGUUCAACCUGGUCUCCAGCCUAUACACUGCCAUCCUCUCCAUUCACAUUAUGGGCUAUUGUAGUCACCAGAAUAUGUUGUAUACCUUUAAUCUUAAUCUUGAUAGAAACAACAACAACGUGAAAACCUGGGAGGGAGGUGGGUGGUGGGGAAUUCAAGCACCGUGUAGGACAAUUGAUAACCAACAAACCUGAAAAUAUACUAAAGAAUCUCACAAAUGUACUCAUGUCAAUAACUAACUAAGACAUGCUUUCCCUCUAUCAAUGGCCUCUACCAUGUUUUGACUAGAGCACUAUCAGUGGAAUUAAUUUGGCCUUGUCGUUCGAAACUAUCAAACAGUCUCCCAGCAACAUGUCUAGCUUUUUUCCUCAGGACGAAAGAGCACAAAUAAAUAGGUGGAAUAAACUCAGUCAUGUGGGCACUCUAAAAGCUGAAGGCACUGGGAAAUGUGCUGAGAGGGCAGGUUCUUUUUUUGUUUAGGUGAGAGCUUUUGGGGUUUGUUUGUAAGGGGGAUUUUCAAAUGAGCGUGCAGUAGUUUGAAUAACUGCCAGGCAAAUAUGUAUGUGGUAGCAAAGGAACCUUGUAAAAUGAUCAUGGCUUGAAUCUGAUAACCAGGUUUGAGUUUCUUGGCAGUAUUUUGUUCACUCAGUAAGUCAAUGUUUUUGCCUUUUUCAAACAUUGGAUUUCUAUUUUCCUCCAAAUUAACAUUAGCCACUUAAUUGAAUUGACUCAUAAAUCAAAACACUUUUUUCCCCUUUAUUAUUAUUAUUAUUAUAAUUUUUUUUUAAAUACAUAGGCCUACAGCUAGAAGAACAAGAUAAUGUUCUAAAGCUUUAUACAUGCAAGGGCUGUAGGCAAUGACUAGCUUGUUUCCAACAUUUAUAUGCAGCUUUUCCUCUACUGUAGUUUGGAGCUUCAGAUAUUAUGAAUAACCGAAGCAGAAACUUUCAGAAACUCCAUAAAUGAUGAAUGUGAUCUGGAUGUAGGGCUGCGCGAUAUAUCGAAUUAAUUUGAAUGUAUGGUUUAGCGCGAUGUUCCAAAUGCUGUGUGCACUGUGCACCUUCCCACGCACACACAGACUCCAAGCCCCUACCCCUGCCACUCACAACAACAAAGACGAAAGAUCACUUCUUCCUCUCUGACAACAAGCAGUUUCAACUCGCUAUUUGCAUAUCAAUUAUGUACUUUUUACUCCAUACAUUUUCCCUGACACCCAAAAGUACUCUUUACAUUUUGAAUGCUUAGCAGGACAGGAAAAUGGUCCAAUUCACACUUAUCAAGAGAACAUCCCUGGUCAUCCCUACUGCCUCUGAUCUGGCUGACUCACUAAACACACUUUGUUUGUAAAUUGUGUUGGAGUGUGCACUGGCUAUUCGUAAAUAAAUAAAAAACAAGAAAAUUGUGCCGAAUGAUUUAUACUUUUACUUUUGAUACUUAAGUAUAUUUUAGCAAAUCACAUUUUAUUUGCCACAUGCGCCGAAUACAACAGAUGUAGACAUUACCAUGAAAUGCUUACUUACAGCCCUUAACCAACAAUGCAUUUAUUUUUUAAUAAAAAGUAAAAUUAAACAACAACAACAAAAAAGUGUUGAGAAAAAAGAGCAGAAGUAAAAUAAAAUAACAGUAGGGAGGCUAUAUACAGGAGGGUACCGGUGCAGAGUCAAUGUGCGGGGGCACCGGAUAGUUGAGGUAAAUUACAUUUACUUUUAAUACUUAAGUAUAUUUCAAACCAAAUACUUUUAGACUUUUACUCAAGUAAUAUUUUACUGGGUGACUUUCACUUUUACUUGAGUCAUUUUCUAUUAAGGCAUCUUUACUUUUACUCAAGUUUGACAAUUGUGUACUUUUUCCACCACUGGUCACACACGGCUUUGCGGUACCACGUACCACUAGCAGCAUUUUAGCCACAGACUGUUAGUGCUAGCUGUCUAGUCUUUUUUAAAAUGUGUAAUGAGCAUAGAAAGACACAUACAGUACCUUCGGAAAGUAUUCAGACCCCUUUACUUUUUCCAAAUUUUGUUAGGUUACAGCCUUAUUCUAAAAUUGAUUAAAUAGUUUUUUCCCCCUCAUCAAUCUACACACAAUAGCCCAUAAUGAUUAAGCAAAAAACGUUUUUUGGAAAUGUUUGCUAAUUUAUAAAACACGGAAAUAACACAAGUAUUCAGACCCUUUACUCAGUACUUUGUUGAAGCACCGUUGGCAGCGAUUAAAGCCUUGAGUCUUCUUGGGUAUGAUGCUACAAGCUUGGCACACCUGUAUUUGGGGAGUUUCUCCCAUUCUUUUCUGCAUAUCCUCUCAAGCUCUGUCAGGUUGCACAGCUAUUUUCAGGUCUCUCCAGAGAUGUUGGAUCGGGUUCAAGUCCGGGCUCUGGCUGGGCCACUCAAGGACAUUCAGAAACUUGUCCCGCAGCUACUCCCGCGUUGUCUUGGCUGUGCGCUUAGGGUCGUUGUCCUGUUGGAAGAUGAACCUUUGCCCCAGUCUGAGGUCCUGAGCGCUCUGGAGCAGGCUUUCAUCAAGGAUCUCUCUGUACUUUGCUCCGUUAAUCUUUGCCUCAAUCCUGACUAAAUCAAAUCUUAUUUGCCACAUGCGCCGAAUACAACAGGUGUAGACCUUACAGUGAAACGCUUACUUACAAGCCCUUAACCAACAAUGCAGUUUAAAAAUAAAAAAAAUAUUAUUAUUAUUUUUAAAUACCUUUCUCCCCCGAUUGCUCAGUUUGGCCGGGCGGCCAGCUCUAGGAAGAGUCUUGGUGGUUCCAAACUUCUUCCAUUUAAGAAUGAUGGAGGCCACUGUGUUCUUGGGGACCUUCAAUGCUGCAGAAUUUUUUUUGUACCCUUCCCCAGAUUUGUGCCUCGACACAAUCCUGUCUCAGAGCACUACAAACAUCCCCGCAGCAUGAUGCUGCCACCAAUAUGCUUCACUGUAGGGAUGGUACCAAGGUUUCUCCAGACGUGACGCUUGGCAUUCAGGCCAAAGAGUUCAAUCUUGGUUUCAUCAGACCAGAGAAUCUUGUUUGUCAUGGUCUGAGUCCUUUAGGUGCCUUUUUGCAAACUCCAAGCAGCCUUUCAUGUGCCUUAUACUGAGGAGUGGCUUCCAUCUGGCCACUAUACCAUAAAGGUCUGAUUGGAGGAGUGCUGCAGAGAUGGUUUUCCUUCUGGAAGGUUAUCCCAUUUCCACAGAGGAACUCUGGAGCUCUGUCAGAGUGACAAUCAGGUUCUUGGUCACCUCCCUGACCAAGGCCCUUCUUUCAUGAUUGCUCAGUUUGGCCAGGUGGCCAGCUCUAGAAAGAGUCUUAGUGGUUCCAAACUUCUUCCAUUAAAGAAUGAUGGAGGCCACUGUGUUCUUGGGGACCUUCAAUGCUGCAGAAAUGUUUUGGUACCCUUCCCCAGAUCUGUGCCUCGACACAAUCCUGUCUCGGAGCUCUACGGAAAAUUCCUUUGACCUCAUGGCUUGGUUUUUGCUCUGACAUGCACUGUCAACUGUGGGACCUUAUAUAGACAGGUGGGUGCCUUUCAUGUCCAAUCAAUUGAAUUUACCACAGGUGGACUCCAAUCAAGUUGUAGAAACAUCUCAAGGAUGAUCAAUGGAAACAGGUUGCACCUGAGCUCAAUUUCGAGUCUCAUAGCAAAGGGUCUGAAUAUUUAUGUAAAUAAGGUAUUUCUGUUUUUUAUUUUUAAUACAUUUGCAAAGAUUUCUAAAAACCUGUUUUUGCUUUAUCAUUAUGGGGUAUUGUGUGUAGAUUGCUGAGGAUUUUUAUUUAUGUAAUCAAUUUUAGAAUAAGGCUGUAACGUAACAAAAUGCGGAAAAAGUCAAGGGGUCUGAAUACUUUCCGAAGGCACUGUAUAUGUAAGGAAUUGUCAACACAUUCUCAUUUUGAGAAAUAAGCAUCUUCUUCGCCAGGUAGGCCACUUGAUUUCAACAUCUAAACAAAGUGAACAGGCUAUGUUGUUCAAACAGUUGGAGUCGGACAGGAAGGUGUAUUCAUAAAAGUUAAACUGUUCUACCUUGUUAGCAAGCAAAUAGAUCAAGUUUGGCUAGAAUUUAAAUAUAAAGAUCAGCUGACACUCACUAGCACGUGGGCUUGUGCUUGAGAGAUUGUUUGUGAGACCUGUGUUAAUUUUCUAUAAUGCCUGCUGCCAGAAGUUGGUCAUUGUGCAUGGUUCUGGUUACAUUUGUAACAAAAAUGGCAUUUUCAUAGAGAGACUUGAAAGCAAGAUCAGUGAUUAUGGCAAAAAAAGCAGUUUAAUCUAUUUUUUAUAAAAUAAUGUAAUCAUUAGUGGGUUGUGGAAGGCUAACAUUUAUCCUAGGUAUAAGUUAACAAGCCCUGAAUUCAUUAGAUUAUUCUUGACUGUUUGAAAUUCAGUGUAUUGACCAUUAACUUAGCAAUAAAGCUUAUUUAGAGAAAACAUUUUAAAAUUGACAUAUAUUGUGAAUCGCUCAUAAGUUAACAAAUCUAGAUAUGAUUUUUAGGCCAUAUCGCCCAGCCAUACAUGGAUCUAUUGAAACUCUGCUGACACUAUAUGUUCAUGGCAUAUGGUUGUCCUAACCUCACAAACCUGUGUCAUGACCAUUAGAUGCAAUUCAAUGUAACGUUGCUUAUAUCCUAAAAAUGCAUCUCUACUCUGAGUUUGUCAAAUUCUUGAAAUUGUGCAUUCCACAGGUGCAACAGUGGUAAGUACUAUGUAACAAUGUUUACCUACACUGGGAUAACACAGUACCUGCCUACCAUGGAAAUACAAUAUUAUAAGGGACACUUAUUGUAAAGUUGGACCAGUACAUUUACUCUUAAUGUAGUAAUUGAAAUGAGUAAUUGCUAGUGGGUUGGGGACUGCAGAGCGGCAGUUGGAGCGAAAGAAGCAGAUGCUAAUCGAAGAUGAAAGCGCCGCGCGCCCUUCAUGCGUUGCACGGCUGCGGAAGACUCACUGCAGAUUAGGUCACUUUUUAAAGGAUGCCGCGAUGACUCAGCAUUCUGGAGCCAUCCUCUGUCCACGUCGCUUUGACUUGGCAUAUAGGGGCGGUGGGUAUGGGAGGGGGUGUUAUCACACUAAAAAGCCCAAACGUGCAUCGGAUCCCCUUUUGCGUGUUUGCAUGACGAACGGGUUAAAUGUUAACUGAGCUGUUGGCUGCGCACGUUAGGAGGUCGCUAAGUGAUGUGAAAUGAAAGCCCCAGCUGCGGUUGAUCUUCUGUGUUCUCAGAGGAUGUCAAUCCUGCAAUGCCGUGCAGGAUAUCAGCCUUCUUCUUCUGUCUCGUUCUGACUAGAGUGAAUGGGAGGGGAGGCAGUUGCGUAUGCUUUGUCUGUUACAUGAUGUCUUCUUGUGUUUCCUCAUCAGGGUGAAAUACAGGAGACCCUCUCAUUGUCCCGACAGUCUGCGUCAUCAGACUUCUUCAGACAUCUAGCAUGCUGUGUACUGUGUAGCGUGUCCCAGAGUCAAAUUUAACAGGGGUGUGAAAAAGGCGUAGGCGGUCGUGGAGUUGGAAGGGAUGACAUUUUCAGAUCCCACUGAUAGUGUUGAGUAACUGGCCGUCUGGCCCGGGAAUGCACACCUCGUCUGGGUGUUCAAUCAUUUCAGGGGUUAGUGUAGGGCUUAAACCUGUUUGUGUUCAUUGAACUAUCUUAAAUUGUGUACUUUUUCUGCUUUUAAGCCAUUUAAAUUAAUUUUCAGGUUAUGCCAAAUUGGUCUCAUGUUUUGUUUUCUUGGUUUGUUUGAAGAGAUGAAGUCCAAAGAACAAAAUAAGUUGCUUUUGUGCAGGUUAUUUCAUUGUAUAGACUAGCCACUUUCUCCCAUUCUGUCUUUAUCUUGCAUUGAAUGAGCUGUCUAUUGAGCACUGUUUAUUAGACAGCUCUAGACUACCUUUUAUAGGAAGCCUGAACAUUUGUAUUUUAUUUUGCAACAUCCAUUACCAGAAGCCGCUUUUUGUCUGUAAGCCAACUAAUUUGCUGUUUGCACCUUGAAUCUCUCACAUUUAAUGAUUCAGUCAAGCCAAAUUAUAGUGAACUAGUAAUCGGUAAAGUACCUUUACCUCGCGGAACCUCUGUGGCAGUAUGAUUGGACAAUCGGGCCAGAAUCUGGCUAUAUUUGCUGGGCAGGUUUGCACGUGUAGUAAGGAAAUCAUAAUGUCAACUGAGGAAGUGUUCCUUUAUGUGCAUUGGUAUCAGGGGUGUAAUGCAGCCGGUGUCCAGCGGAGCGUCGACUUCUCCGAAUGGUGCUUGUUUAAUAAAGUUGAGAUUAAAGUUGAAUCAAUAUGUCUCGCAAGAUCUCUUAAUGAUUCAUUAGUAUUAUACAUAACAAACCGAAUAUAAUAGAAUAGUGUAACGUUAGGCUCUAGUGUUGGACCAAAAACACCACAUAAUUAGGCUACUUAUGACAUUUUAUUAUGAAUGUGCUGAAUGGUCGCAUUUCUUUUCUCACGCGGCCAGAACUCAACAGCGUGCGCCACUAGGCUUAAUAUGAUUUGAUUGAAACAGUGGAAGUGUAGCUUCUUAACCUCUACGGAAUCGGUGUCCCGUAUACGGGACGGUUGAGUAACAGCAAACUUUCCAGGACAUAGACAUGUCUUAUAUGGGCAGAAAGCUUAAAUUCUUGUUAAUCUAACUGCAUUGUCCAAUUUACAGUAUCUAUUACAGUGAAAAAAUACCAUGCUAUUGUUUGAGGAGAGUGCACAACAACAAAAAACUUACCACGGCAACUGGUUUGAUACAUUCACCUCUGAAUGUAAUCUUGCUCUGAUUUGUCAUCCUAAGGGUCCCAGAGAUAAAAUGUAGCAUAGUUUUGUUUGAUAAAAUCUAUUUUUAUAUUCAAAUGUAGGAACUGUGUUCUACAGUUUGAACUCCUGCUGUCUCUGGCUCCACACCCACCCCCGCCCGAUGUGUGAAAGUUAGUGUAUAAGCUAACGAUCCAUCAUGUAUGACAUUCCUGGGAGUGUGUAAACUUACAUUUUGUAUUACCAAAUCAUUUUGUAUGUUCUCUAUAGUUACAGUUGAAGUCGGAAGUUAGCCAAAUACAUUUCAACUUUUUUCACAAUUCCUGACAUUUAAUCUUAGUUACAAUUCCCUGUCUUAGGUCAGUUAGGAUCACCACUUUAUUUUAAGAAUGUGAAAUGUCAGAAUAAUAGCAGAGAAAAUUAUUUAUUUCAGCUUUUAUUUAUUUCAUCACAUUCCCAGUGGGUCAGAAGUUUACACACACUCAAUUAGUAUUUGGUAGCAUUGCCUUUAAAUUGUUUAUCUUGGGUCAAACGUUUCGGGUAGCCUUCCACAAGCUUCCCACAAUAAGUUGGGUGAAUGUUGGCCCAUUCCUCCUGACAGAGCUGGUGUAACCGAGUCAGGUUUGUAGGCCUCCUUGCUCGCACACGCUUUUUCAGUUCUGCCCACAUAUUUUCCAUAGGAUUGAGGUCAGGGCUUUGUGAUAGCCACUCCAAUACCUUGACUUUGUUGUCCUUAAGCCAUUUUGCCACAACUUUGGAAGUAUGCUUGAGGUAAUUGUCCAUUUGGAAGACCCAUUUGCAACCAAGCUUUAACUUCCUGACUGAUGUCUUGAGAUGUUGCUUCAAUAUAUCCACAUAAUUUUCCUUCCUCAUGAUGCCAUCUAUUUUGAGAAGUGCACCAGUCCCUCCUGCAGCAAAGCACCCCCACAGCAUGAUGCUGCCACCCCCAUGCUUCACGGUUGGGAUGGUGUUCUUCGGCUUGCAAAAUCCACCCUUUUUCCUCCAAACAUAACAAUGGUCAUUAUGGCCAAACAGUUCUAUUUCUGUUUCAUCAGACCAGAGGACAUUUAUCCAAAAAGUAUGAUCUUUGUCCCCAUGUGCAGUUGCAAACCGUAGUCUGGCUUUUUUAUGGCGGUUUUGGAGCAGUGGCUUCUUCCUUGCUGAGCGGACUUUCAGGUUAUGUCGAUAUAAGACUCGUUUUACUGUGGAUAUAGAUACUUUUGUACCUGUUUCCUCCAGCAUCUUCACAAGGUCCUUUGCUGUUGUUCUGGGAUUGAUUUGCACCAGUACGUUAAUCUUUAGGAGACAGAACACGUCUCCUUCCUGAGAGGUAUGAUGGCUGUGUGGUCCCAUGGUGUUUAUACUUGCGUACUAUUGUUUGUACAGAUGAACGUGGUACCUUCAGGCGUUUGGAAAUUGCUCUCAAGGAUGAACCAGACUUGGCUGAUUUCUUUUGAUUUUCCCAUGAUGUCAAGCAAAGAGGCACUGAGUUUGAAGGUAUGCCUUGAAAUACAUCCACAGUACACCUCCAAUUGACUCAAAUGAUGUCAAUUAGCCUAUCAGAAGCUUCUAAAGCCAUGACAUCAUUUUCUGGAGUUUUCCAAGCUGUUUAAAGGCACAGUCUUCUGACCCACUGGAAUUGUGAUACAGUGAAUUAUAAGUGAAAUAAUCUGUCUGUAAACAAUUGUUGGAAAAAUUACUUGUGUCAUGCACAAAGUAGAUGUCCUAACCGACUUGCCAAAACUAUAGUUUGUUAACAAGAAAUGUGUGGAGUGGUUGAAAAACGAGUAAACGUACAAAAUCAGCAGGGGAUGGAUCAGGGUAGGGGAGGGCACAAUUGGCCCAGCGUCGUCCAGGGUAGGGGAGGGAAUGGCCGGCAGGGAUGUAGCUCAGUUGGUAGAGCAUGGCGUUUGCAACGCCAGUGUUGUGGGUUCGAUUCCCACGGGGGGCCAGUAUGAAAAAAAUAAAAAAUAAAUAAUAAUGUAUGCACUCACUAACUGUAAGUCGCUCUGGAUAAGAGCAUCUGCUAAAUGACUUAAAUGUAAAUGGGAUCAAAUACUUUUUUCCCUCACUGUAGGUGCACUUGAUUUGCUCUCUGGGCAUGCCAAGUAGGCAGAGUUUGUACCUUCAGACACAUGAAAUGGUUCAAAAUGUGAACAUUUCGCCUACCCUGCGCGCAGGGCAGCUGAAACAAGUGCACCUACUGCCAACAGCGCAAAACAGAAUAAAAGUAGGAAUGCAAGGCUUUAUCAUUGGGUUUUUUAUAGAAAUAUUUCGCGAUCACUAGGAAUGCCUUGGAGAUCGACCAGUCGAUUGCGAUCGACCAUUUGGUGACCACUGUUCUAAAAUAAUAUCGUACAAUAGGCUACAUUUCGGUACCAACUUUCAUUAAGAAAUUAUGAUGUCAUUUUUAAACAAUUUGUUCCGGUACUUAAAAAAAUAGCACUACAUUACUGAUACUGAUUGUUAUGCUCUGAAAAAGCAAAAGACAAAAGCAAGAAAGAAGCGAAUUUUGGCACGUGACUGGUUAUGGAAAAGAGGACAAUGUGGAUUGUCGAUUUUGUAAAAAGAGCUUGAGGUGAGAACAGGUUUAAAUUCGACUAGUCCAGAAGACCAGCUAGCUUGUGUGUGUGUGUGUGUGUGUUGAACUUGUGAGGUAGGUGAAGAGAACAUUUAUAGUUCUGAGUGACUGAUUGGCUGAUGGUGGGACAUGCCUCGCACCUGCUCUGAGCACUGCUCACACUUGGUGAUAAUGGCCAAUUUGAGGCCGAAUAUAGAGUAUUCAACAUGUUUGAAAAUUAUCUGGAUGCCGUAAGUGCCUGUAGAGUGCCCGGGAGCCCGUGACAGCCAUCAACCGCAAAUUGGUUAUGUGCUUACACUUUACUGGCUGCUGCGUUAGUUUUUACUCAGGGUUUGCUCCGAUUUCCUCCGAUUUGGAAAAAUGCGGCGGGAGGUGAUCGGGAGCCCGUAGCUCGGGCUAAAAACAUGUAGUGUCCGCCCAGCUUUAGAUGUAGUAGCAUUUACACCGUUUAUACAUACAUUUUUUUCAUGAGAAAAACAGUAUGCUGCAAUUCAGAAAAUGCUUUGUUUAAAAGCACACAUUCAGUAAAUCCAGUCAACCAAUUCAUUACUACUUGCUACUGCAGGGAGGAGGGGGAAAAGCCCAUAGAGAUAUAAAAUGUGGGCCGAAUAGCUUUAUGCCAAGAGAGCUCUUGAUAAACUAUGCAGGUUAUCAGCAAAUUUAAAAAAUGUUUUUCUGCUUGUGGGUUGUGGAGAUGCAGUUGUUUGAGCUUUAGAAAUGGUUUUACUUUGUUCUGCAGCACCAGUUCACAUUGUGUUGUGUUGGAUGUCUGAGAGCCCCAUCACUUUAUACAUUCUUUAAUGUACUUUCUUUACUCCUCUUUGACAAAACGCUAGCAUUGUUCAUUCCAGCAUAGUUGGCAUGUUACCAAUUCACCUCUGCAUACAUACGGCAUAUACGGCGUGACAAGUGCUUAAUUUUUCAUGAAGCACUCUGAUGUCUCUUUGUAAUUACUUGCAUACAUUUUUGUUGCGCAACUUCUUGUUGGUUUUGUUUUGCAGUCCUUGACCAAUGACAAGCUGAGAAACAUGUACCGUCAAUGUAAGUCAGUGAAAUCACUCAAUCCAAGAAGGAAUAGAAUGAGUUCCUCUCUGAUUUUGGAGGAAAUUAGAGAAUGGCUAAUUUAAUGGGGUAACUGCGCUAGUUGUGUAAUGGCUGCCAUUUUGCUACAUUUUCAGAAUCCACAUUGCUCCCUGCAGAACCCCUCACAUUGUCUCUAUCAGCUUGAUUCGUUAGGAGAACAUGAUUGGAAUUACACCAUGCUUUAUGUAUGAAUGAAUAAUACAGUGGCUUGCGAAAGUAUUCACCCCUCUUGGCAUUUUUACUAUUUUGUUGCCUUACAACCUGGAAUUAAAAUGGAUUUUUUGGGGGGGUUUGUAUCAUUUGAUUUACACAACAUGCCUACCACUUUGAAGAUGCAAAAUAUUUUUUGGGGUAAAACAUACAAGAAAUAAGACAAAAAAAACGAAAACUUGAGCGUGCAUAACUAUUCCCCCCCCCCCCCCCCCCCCCCCCAAAGUCAAUACUUUGUAGAGCCACCUUUUGCAUCAAUUACAGCUGCAAGUCUCUUGGGGUAUGUCUCUAUAAGCUUGGCACAUCUAGCCACUGGGAUUUUUGCCCAUUCUUCAAGGUAAAACUGCUGCAGCUCCUUUAAGUUGGAUGGGUUCCGCUGGUGUACAGCAAUCUUUAAGUCAUAUUGAGGUCUGGGCUUUGACUAGGCCAUUCCAAGACAUUGAAAUGUUUCCCCUUAAACCAUUUGAGCGUUGCUUUAGCAGUAUGCUUAGGGUCUUUGUCCUGCUGGAAGGUGAACCUCCGUCCCAGUCUCAAAUCUCUGGAAGACUGAAACAGGUUUCCCUCAAGAAUUUCCCUGUAUUUAGCGCCAUCCAUCAUUCCUUCAAUUCUGACCAGUUUCCCAGUCCCAUCCCCACAGCAUGAUGCUGCCACCAACAUGCUUCACUGUGGGGAUGAUGUUCUCGGGGUGAUGAGAGGUGUUGGGUUUGCGCCAGACAUAGCAUUUUCCUUGAUGGCCAAAAAGCUCAAUUUUAGUCUCACCUGACCUGACCUGAUCUGAGUACCUUCUUCCUUAUAUUUGCGGAGUCUCCUACAUGCCUUUUGGCGAACACCAAACGUGUUUGCUUAUUUUUUAAUUUAAGCAAAGGCUUUUUUCUGGCCACUCUUCCGUAAAGCCCAGCUCUGUGGAGUGUACAGCUUAAAGUGGUCCUAUGGACAGAUACUCCAAUCUCCGCUGUGGAGCUUUUCAGCUCCUUCAGGGUUAUCUUUGGUCUCUUUGUUGCCUAUCUGAUUAAUGCCCUCCUUGCCUGGUCUGUGAGUUUUGGUGAGCGGCCCUCUCUUGGCAGGUUUGAAAAAUGUAUGCACUCACUAACUGUAAGUCGCUCUGGAUAAGAGUGUCUGCUAAAUUACAAAAAAAUGUUUAAGAAACAAAAAAAAUGUUUGUUGUGGUGCCAUAUUCUUUCAAGUUUUUAAUAAUAAUUUAAUGGUUCUCUGUAGGAUGUUCAAAGUUUCGGAUAUGUUUUUAUAACCUAACCCUGAUCUGUACUUCUCCACAACUUUGUCCCUGUCCUGUUUGGAGAGCUCCUUGGUCUUCAUGGUGCCGCUUGCUUGGUGGUACCCCUUGCUUAGUGGUGUUGCAGACUCUGGGGCCAUUCAGAACAGGUGUAUAUAUACUGAGAUCAUGUGACAGAUCAUGUGACACUUAGAUUGCACACAGGUGGUCUUUAUUUAACUAAUUAUGUGACUCCUGAAGGUAAUUGGUUGCACCAGAUCUUAUUUAGGGGCUUCAUAGCAUGAAUUCUAAAUAAAAAUAAAUUUAAAUUACAGGUUGUAAUGCAACAAAAUAGGAAAAACGCCAAGGGGGAUGAAUACUUUUGCAAGGCACUGUAUGCAUUUUCCAGAUUGGGAGCUGGUGGCUUUUUCUUUCUCUACCCCCUGAUGGGGCCAUGAGUCAGCUGUUGUUAUGCAGUCUUUUCUGCUAAGCUCUCCUGACUAUGCAAAGAAGCUGAGCUGGCUUUUUCUCCAAAUUGAGUCUUUAAAUGAAGAAAUCAAGGUGCUCUUAAUUAUCUUAAUGAAAAGAGUCUCUCGGUUUCCACUGUGCUAGUCGCUAUUGCAUUUCAAUGGGAUCUCUGCAGUGAGUAGUUGACCCACCUACUGUUCUUUUCCAUGAAUAGAAUGGUGUCAUGGCCAGACAUGUACAGCGUAUUGGACCUGAGCCACAGUCUCCCUAUGCCAUUGCAUGACGAGGGAAAUUUCAGGCUCAGCACCCACUCCAUAAAAGCGUCUCAGUAAAUGUGUAAGACGUGAGCACGGUGCCCAGUGCUGCCUGUCGGCCUAAACAUCUUCACUAAACAUCAAAGCAAAGCCCACAUUGCACAAUGUGGCCGGGCCGUGGAAGAUGGGGGACUGCAGCACAACAGAUGGCAGGUGCAUUAGGGACGUUUCACAUUCUCUUUCUUUCUCUAAAUUAUAAUUAUAAUUGGCCUCAGCUAUUUACAUAUGUCGAGGACGGAAUAGGAACAAACAAAAUAGUUAGUGUUAACAUACGAGGCACAGGAUGCGUCACAAAUAAACUCAUCAUUGGCUGGGGUACUUCGGAAGUUAGUCUGGCACCCAGCCACAUUCAGUAUUGCCAACUUAGCGACUUUGUCGCUAUAUUUAGCGAGUUUUCAGACCCCUCUAGCGACACAUUUUCAAAAAAGCGACUACCGACAAAUCUAGCGACAUUUUCUGGUGUUAUUGGAGACUUUUGGAGACUGACGUGAAAGCACGUAUCGUUCUUACUCUUCUCAACGAGCAGCGGGUGCUGCGGUGGGCCCCACCCCCGACCCACCGUGGGCUCCACCCCCGUCCCAAAGCACUCACCAGUAAGGGGGUAAGCCAGGGCGGUCCAGUCCUCUCACAGCAGUCCCUCCCAGCUGCAGUCAGAGCAGGAGAUGUUCACCCCUCCGUGUCCAGACUGCAAAUAAUUCGCGCAUGCGGGAAGCCGCUGCUGGCUGAUCCCGCCCUGGCUUACAUUCAGGGCGGGAUGUAAAUGUAGGGUGUUUUUUACUCACUUUUUGUCUCUCCCACGACGUUAUUCCUCUCUCCUACAGCGUCCAUCACAAUUACAUGCACAUGGCCAAUUAUGCAAAUUAGGUGAUGACAUCAUUUAGCGACUUUUAGGACAGCCAUUAGCUACUUUCCUUACUGAGGAGUUGGCAACACUGAGCCCAUUGUUGUGCUCAUUUCAAGCCCCUGUCCCCUUCCUGUAGGCAAGUAAGUUAUCAACAGUUCUGAAAGCAGUUGAUUUUAAGGAAAAUGAUAGCUCUUUGUCUCGUAACAAGGCCCGCAUCGCUGUCUCUGUGAAUUAGUUUGUCUGCAGGCGGCAUGGCUGCAGUAGUUUGCAGUACACAAACUCUGCUGAUUGGCAUUCCACUUGGCUGGUUUUCCUGUCUGUGCUGCAGAUUCGAUGUGGGGCUGCAGCCGUCAGAAAGAGCGAUCGGCCAUGUUUCUCGGAGAUGGAGCGAUGUAAUGAUGGAGCUUGCAGGUUGAUGACUGCGCGCUACCCUCCUUUUCUUGCACUUGAGAAAUUGAGCUGUUGGAAAAUAGAGGUUUGGAGGGCAGGUUUGGCUGGAAAGUGUUUGCUGAGCCCCUGCAUUGGAAUUGCAGUAUGACUAAAAGUAAUGUUUAAAAGGCUCCAAUUUGAUCAGCGAGGGCAUGCAUAACUAAAGGCUGUUUUAGCGGUGGUGGUAAUUUACAACAGCAAAACAACAGUCUCAAGACUGGAAUCAGGCUGGGGGUAGCAGCUCUGUACACAGGCACUGAAGUCUUGCCAGCAUAAACAUGCAGGUUGGGAAAAUAAAACGGGAACAGAUUCAAUGCUGGCUUCAUGGCAUUUAUGCACGCAGUCAUAUUAUGCGUUAUCAUUUGAGCAAAUGGGGUCCUCACUUUUCCCUUUGGCUUGCACGCUCAUGUUAUUUCAAGGUUAAUGCAGCAUUUCUUCAGUUGAAAUUCUGAUUCAAUUCUGGGGGGGGGGCGGGUGUCUGGGGCAUGUCAUCUGUAAUCUAUACUGCAGGUUUCAAUUCCCUAAAGAUUUGCAUUUGCACUGUGAAGGCCUGUCAAGGGCCUGAAAGCUGAACUGUGGAUGGAGAGACAGUUUCUAAGAUACAGUCAAACGUUUGACUCAGACCGACAUUAAAUCUAUUUUUGUUGAUGUAGGUAGGCAAUCAUCCUCACCUCUCUUCAACAGCAUCAGCUUGCUGUGGAAAGCGUUAGGUGCACAGAGAGAGUUCUAAAUCUCUCUCCUCUUCUCUCUUGCCCUGCAGGUGUGUUCUCCUCCCACUCUUGAAUGCCAAGCCGCCUCAGCAGGCCCUCUUCCUCCUGGUUGACUCCAUCGACGAAGGCUGUCAGUUGGGUGAGGGAGAGCAGAGGUCUUCAGGCUCAGGCACCCCCAGGACCAUCGCUGAGCUCCUGGCCAGCCACCACGAGUACCUCCCGCCCUGGCUGCUCCUCAUCUGCUCAGCACGCCGCCAGAACAAGGCCAUCACCAAACUGUUCACAGGUAAAAAAAAAAAAAAAAAGUUCAUACAGGCACCCAAAUGAAGAGGGUGAUGGGGUCCAUAUCUGGGAUCCAAAUGGUGAUGCUUUUGUAAAGUAUUUGGUAUUACUGUAAAAUGCACUUGUUUUGUCACCGAAAGGAGGAAAAUGUAUUGCAAAAUAAUUGUUGUUCCGUUUAGACCAAACACAUGGCCACACAAACAAUUAAUGGGGAUUUGGCAUUUUGUAUUGACACUGGUAUGUCUCCUUGAAGAAGAAAACAGAAUUCUAACUGUUUUUAUUUGCAUACAUUAAUCUGAUGUUAUUCAAGAGAUUUCCUUUGUGUUUUCUGUAAGGCGAUCCUAGCAAAGGCCUUUUCAGUUAUAUUUAAACUCUUACUGAGCAGGUUAUGCCAUUUUCUUCCGGAAUACAAACUUUUCUAUUACGUAUUGUGAUAAAUGUCAGCCUUUUCUGCAGCUGUUAAACAAAGCACAUGCUGUGCUUCCAGCCGAGUCAGCUCAGAGAAUGCUAAUUCCGAAGACAUUUUAACAUCAUCAAAUGCUAAAAAGAUUAGGGCCUGCCACAGAACGCCUAAAUAUCACGAUGCCUUGCGAAAACGAAUACUGCUCUAUACGCCAUGACAAGCCGAACUAGCAGCCAUUAUCUCGUUGUCAGAAUACCAGCCCACUAUUGGGUGAUGAGUAGAGAGGCUGGCGUAACAUUAAUCAAGCCAGAGAGAGAGUGGGUGUAAUACCCUCCACAGAGCCAGCACGGUUGUGUGUCCCCUUUACCUUUCCAAACACAACAUGUGGGGGAUUCAGAUGCCCUCCUGUUGCUGCUUGAAACAUUAUGUAAAACCCAAUUUAAACAGCCCUGUUUAUUAUGUUUUCUGUUCAGAAAGUGGUUGGCAGUAACAAUUUGUUUUCUGCUGAAUAGAAUUCCUAUGCAAUGCUAGUUUAGGUGAGUGUAUUUCUGGCAUUGGGCAGGGUUAACGCAGGGAAGCUGGUACUUUUGAACAAGAAGAUGUACUGACAAAUAUUAAUGUAGCUGGGCAAACACAUCACAGUAAAUGUCUAGAGAGAUUCAAAUAUAUUUACAUAAAAAUGCAAACUUGGAUCUCAGUUAAAGGCUUUUGGAGCAAACUUUGGGUUUUGGAAGCCUGCCUGAAGCACUUCUAUGGCAGUGUUAUGUUUUGUACUUCGAUAACACAAACAGGAAUUUGCUAGAGGAUCUUUUCCUAAUCAAUAUUUUGACCCUAGUGUGGACCAGGCAUGUUAAUUCCGAUGGACAUAAAAUAGAUAUGAAAUUAAAAUGUAAGCAUUGCAUCGAGAAAAUGAAAUGUAACAGUGCUGGAAGGUCUGCAGAGGCAUUCAUUUCCCAUUAAACCAGUUUACACCAGUGGCCUGGACCUACUGCCUAAUAGUCUUGAUCUAACAUAACAUAGCAGCUGAUGAAUCAUAGCUCUGUCAUGGUUCCUUUCCGUACCAUCAUCAGCCUACAGAACACACAGAUACAUUGUUGAAAUGGAUCUGAGAGGAAGGUAGGGCCCCGAUUCAAAUGUUUAAGAUACAAGUGCAUCAGUCCUGGUACCCCUAACCUAUCCAAAUGUAGCAUGCGUCAGUCAGAAAAUUGAUUAAAAUGUUGUUGUUGCUCAUAUUACAUUCUUUCUACCUUCUGAAAAUACCUCUCAUCUUUUGUGACAACUGUUGACAGUCAUUGAUCUACAAGUCAUUUUGCAUGCCGGACGACCCUAGGCAAUAUCAGUAGCCUAGUCAAACUGCGCAAUGUGCCCAGCUUCACGCACUGUGCCCUGCUUCGUGUACUGUGCCCAGCUUCGCGUACUGUGCCCAGCUUCGCGUACUGACCAACACGAGGUAGGCAAUUUGUUCCUGAUCUUGCACAUCUGCACGGCACCUUCAGCAUUCUAAUACUAAAUAGCUUUUAUGAUAUUAGGCUUUAUUAGUUGAGUGACAACCUAUGUAAUUUGCUAGGUUAUUGUUUUCUAUGCGCUAUUGAAAAUGGUGUUUUGCCGGAAUAAUAGUACGCUACUGGAGACACAACGCUCAUCUGGCUAUACCUGCUGAACGGGGCUUACAAUAGAUAUUAUUUUGAUUGUUCAAGGUUACCAUUAGCAGUAAUUUUGCUUUAAACAAUCAGUGAAUAUGGUAAUUUUUAGAUAUACAGGGUAAAGUUGAUAAUUUCAUAACGAGGACAGCAAUCACUUUUGCGAGGCCAAAGCAAAAGAAGAGAAGAUCACUCUGUGAAAACUUCCAAACGGUCAAAACCAUUCGAUUUUGAGAUGGGGGUGAAAUGUCAUAGCUAAUUUGUAAACAAUAAAUAUUGAUACAUUACUAGCUCAAACACUUCAUCUGUAAAAAUUACAAGUUAAUUAGUGGGUAAUGGUGUUUUCAGAACCAAAGUGGGGGGACAAAAAAACAUAUCUCAGAGUGGUAGUGGGGUGGUAGUGGGGUGGUAGUUGCCUAGUUUCCCUUAUGGCUCAGCUCAGGUGCCUACAUAGUAAAUACGUCAUAGACAUACAUCAUUUACACACACAUGCACACACACACACACUAGUGAUGGAAAAUCCGGCAGUUUUUACUGAUUCAGAUCUUUUCGACUCGUUCAGUCAAAAGAAUGAAUGUUUAGACUAAUUUCGUUCAUUUGAGUCAAUAAUGCCCAGAGCACACAGGACCCCCUAUCGGCGAACGAUGAACUGAAAACUCGAAAGAGUCAUGAUUAUACAAGCUUCUCGUUCACAUGUCAUUUACUAUAAGGGGCUAAUUGGAGCUGUCAUUUGUGACAGAGAGUUGUUAAAGUGUGCUUUAAACAAUGUACAUGUGUUGAUUGCUAGGCAUACAAACACAAUUAUUUAUUGAUACAUUUGAAACAAGGUCUAGUUGUGGCCGCAAUUGGACUAGAUUGUGAAAGACUCUUGGCAUAAAGCAUUGUGUGAGGGUGAUAACACAAUAUCGUUUGCGAACUGUAGCACCCCAAACGAUUCGUUCUCGAGUUCCAGUUUGUUGAGCAGAGACUGUGUGUUUUGGUUCUACAAAGCUGUGUCCAUCAUAACAUUCAAUAAUCAAUUCAUUGCAUUCAAUCUUGCACCAUUCCAUCAAUGAUCAGUUCAAAACAUGUCUUUUUAUUCUCUAUGCUGCCCCGUUCAACUGUAAGUGCUUUUGAUGUGAAAUGAUAAUGUCUAGAAGCAACAAUGGCUCAGCCGCAAAGAGGUAGGCAACACAAGCUCACAGAACGGGACCGUCGAGUGCUGAAACGCGCAACAAUCGUCUGUCCUCGGUUGCAACACUCACUACAGAAUUCCAAACUGCCUCUGAAAGCAACGUCAGCACAAUAACUGUUCGUCGGGAGCUUCAUGAAAUGGGUUUCCAUAGCAAUGCCAAGCGUCAGCUGGAGUGGUGUAAAGCUCGCUGCCAUUGGACUCUGGAGCAGUGAUGAAUCACGCUUCACCAUCUGGCAGUCCAACGGAUGAAUCUGGGUUUGACGGAUGCCAGGAGAACACUACCUGCCCGAAUGCGUAGUGACAACUGUAAAGUUUGGUGGAUGAGGAAUAAUAUUCUGGGGCUGUUUUUCAAGGUUCGGGCUAGGCCCCUUAGUUCCAGUGAAGGGAAAUCUUAACGCUACAGCAUACAAUUACAUUCUAGACAAUUCUGUGCUUUGGGGAAGACCCUUUCCUGAUUCAGCAUGACAAUGCCCCCGUGCACAAAGUGAGUUCCAUACAGAAAUGGUUUGUCAAGAUUGGUGUGGAAGAACUUGACUGGCCUUCACAGAGCCCUGACCUCAACCCCAUCGAAUACCUUUGGGAUGAAUUGGAACGGCGACUAAUUCGACCCAGGCCUAAUCGCCCAACAUCAGUGCCGACCUCACUAAUGCCCUUGUGGCUGAAUGGAAGCAAGUCCCCGCAGCAAUGUUCCAACAUCUAGUGGAAAGCCUUCCCAGAAGAGUUGAGGCUAUUAUAGCAGGGACCAACUCCAUAUUAAUGCCCAUGAUUUUGGAAUGAGAUAUUCGACGACAGAUGUCCACAUACUUUUGGUCAUGUAGUGUACGUAUAGAAUCGUCUUGAAAGGGAAAGAUGCACAUCCCUAGUGGAAGGCUUUGUCCAAUUUGCAUACGAUUGACACUUUUCAGUUAUUUCAUUCAUCAUGAGCGGAAAUGUAUCAGAAUGUUGUGAUUGCCCCCAACCUUAGAUCAGUGGAUUUAAGGUUGGUGAUGGAAUUACUGCUGGUACAUGCUCAAAUGUAAAUCCCACAUGAUAAUCCUUAUCAGGAAGUUGCUUCCUGAUAUAAUAGUGAUUUUAAUGAUUACUGGUAUUCUUUCUUACAAGCUUCUCUCUGCUUAAACAGACAGCCCUGUCUUUUGGUUGUUUUGAUAUGGCUUUAUUGAGAGGAUUAUUCUCUGUGGAACAAUCUGAUAAACAUCAGUUAUCUCUAGUGUUUUCGCUUUGACCCUCGUCUCUUUACCUUUUGUUGCCUCUUUGAUUAGGGACAAGCCCAUGUCUACUGUCAUUUUACCUGUCUGUUACAUUUAGUUUAAUGCUCCCAGCUAUUGUACCAUCAGUCACAGAGUCAAAGUCUAUACAUCCGAUAAAAUGGCUUGUGCUUCUGAAUUUCGCUUCUGUGAUAGUUGUAGCAUUGACAAAACUACACAGAUUGCAAACUCCAAUCUCUUGAUGUAUUCAAAUGAUUUGUUUUUGUUCUGUCUGUAUUCAGUGUCUUGUGUUUUACACGCCAUCAGCAACCAUUCAGCUCUGCAGCCCCCCCCCCACACACAUACACGCUAACUUUAUCUUCCAUUAGACACACUGACUUACUAUAACCGCUGUGAGAAUACUCACAAAUCCUAUAGUGCUUGACGAAAAUAGACCAAAAGACUUAGGGUAUAAAAUUGAGGCCAAGCAUACACAAAAAAUACUUGUCCGUAUUGUUUACAAGGACAGUUUGUGUUGGCAGAGUCCGGCGUUACACUGCCUUUUGAGAACGACUUCUCACCAAAAGGUAAUUUCGAAGCUAAAGCAUUGUGUAGGCCACCAUCCAGCUCAAAUGAUCCUUUAAAUAAUCCAAUAUUUUGGAUGGUUUCUCUAAACAUUUUGAAACCUUUCUGAGGGUUGCCAUGGAAAUGUACUCAUCUCAGUAUGUGAAACACAGUUUUGCAUGGCUCUGAACUCAAAAAUAAUUCCGUUAUUAAGGAUUACUUUUACAUUUCUACCUGAGGAGCAAACUUGGAAUUCCUGAGUACUUGCUCAGCUGUUAUUCCUUCCAUCUCUCUCUCUCUCUCUCAGAGGAAUGUGCUUUGGGAUGUCUCAACACUUCUGAGACCAUGCAGGAAGAGUGAGCCACCGACUAGCCAGCAGCGUCGCAUCCGCUCUGCUAAUGCUUCACAAACAAAGAAUGUGCCAUCUGUGAAGAGGCUUAAAGAAAUUCUUUUUUUAAGAAUCCUUUUAGGCUGAGUCAGAUUGUACAGAGUCCAUUUCAGAAACCCUCUGUGAUCGCUGUGUACUGUACGCUCUGUGAAUGUCUGCCAGUAGACGGCACAUAAGGUUGUACAUGUUGCAAGGCUGCUCUUUUACAUUGUCAGGCGGCCUAUUGUAGCAUGGUUGACUUUCCCCCCUGUGUUUUCUGUGCUACUGUAAGGUCAUCGUUGGGGAAGUGAAGUGGAAACACUUAGGCAGCGAUUCUGGUUGUGAGCUGGGUGGAAUCUGUGCCAAUUUAACUGGGCCUUCGGCAAAAGGAGAGCAGGGAGAGGGGUGCAGGACCUGGAAAAGCCUUUUAAAUAGAAACAGCCACUUGUCCAUAUUCUGAAAGAUGUUUUUUAACUGCAGAUAUCUACGUCGCUUUAACAACUCUCACUAAUACAUGUGGAAUAUCUCUGACUUUACAAUAGAUUUGGCCUGAAGGUUAACAGGAUCAGGGUUAAAGAUGGUAGCUUAGCGCAAUUCCUCUGAGAAAAGUCUGUUUUACCACUAAUGUAAUAGUUAUCUUAUGACAUUUAACACUCUUUAGUCUCUCCAAAGAAGAAAGGUUCUAUUUUUUGAAGAACAUUUUUCUAUUCUUUUGGGAUUGCUAUACACUAGUCUAUUGAAGAUUUAAGCUAAAACAGUCUCUUCCCGGACUGUCCGAUUGUCCUACUAUCUGUUUGCCCUGAACUGUUUGAUAGCAGUGUGCAUCCUGUUGAUGCUGAAACAUUGAGGUUGUCAUUGAUAAUGACUGACUAAUGCAUGAUGCAGCCCCGUGUGAUCUCCAUAUCAAAGUAGAAGUAUCACUGAACUGUAAUGGGUGCCAUCUGUCAAAAGAAAGUUUGGCUGACACACACACACAUUAUGGUAUUUUCCUUUUAACUAUGUAUAGCAACUGGAUUUUAAGACGGGCACCAGGAAUGGUGGUUGAAACCCAUCUUAAAACCCAUCCAGGGGAAAUUAUUCUGCCCUCGAUAGGAACAAUAUUUUCCACUUCAUUUAUUUUAUUGAGAUAUUUAUUUUAUUGAGACUCUUGAGCACAACUCUUUCCCAUUGCUAAUAUCUACCACGUACAUAUCUUUAUCUCAACUCCCCCCACGCUUGUGUAUCAGUAUUUAUGCCACAUCCGUUCUCUUAAACCAUCCUCCACCCUAAAAAACAUCUUAUUAGAUGGUGCCAUUUCCCCCAUUCAUUUGAGAUUGAGACCUGCAGUCAUCUUGAUUUAAGACCACUUUUGAGAUAUUGACAAACUUCAUCUGUUCCUGUCUCUGGGUAGUGGAUUAAAAAGACCAUCAAUCUCCAAUGAUAUUAUUGUACAAUUAUGAACAUUGCUGUUAAGAUAUCUGCUGUUUUUUAUAUGGGCCGGUUUAGGGUAGGCCUGUGUUUUUGUUUCCUUCUCUCACAUCUCUUCAGAGAGAGGCUCGAGCCCACCCUAGUGAGGAGCUGUACCUCCUUCUCUUCCUCCCCUGCUCCAGCCAUGAAUGGACCUUUCUCUGCACCAUGGCCAGGUGACAGGCCUGAUUUACCACCACUGACCAGAAAUUAAAAUAGCAGGCCUGUUUGAAGUGGGCUCAACCCCACUCUCCAAGCCCCACCAUGGCUCUCAGACCAGCUCUUGUCCGCAGACCCAAGCGUGGCUAUGAGGGGCUGCAGAGCAUAGGACCGCUCAGCAAGAAGGUCACAGCACUCUUAACCUCUAUAUCCUGGGAAUUGUUUUUCUUAUUAUUUGAGAAAAUGGAGAGGCCUCACUUGAGGGACCUCAAUAUACUGUAUUCUGGCCUGCUGACAACACAAACACAGCUAUAAAGCAUCUAGGACUGUUUAUUUAUUCUGUGCCAGGAGUGGAAUGCUCCCCGAAGAGGGACGAAGACAGUGCUUGGACGCCCUAUCAUUGUCAUUGAUGUAGGAAGCUUGGAUGUAGUAUGGGUACAAAUCAUUAGAAGUGGAAGUGACUUUUCAAGUAAUUUACUGCUAGAUAUGUGGACCACUUAUUUUCUAAGAAGGUAUUGCUUACUGGAUGCAUAGCCUCAACUGACUAAAAUAUACUUUAAAUGAUAGUAUUUUGUUUUGAUUGCAAAGUCUCUAAUACCAUUGAGGCCAUCUAAUUGUUAACCAUACUUAGAUAUAGGUUAUAUAAUUAGCUAAUAACAUAAGAGGCCAGUUGCUGUUAACACCUGAGUUGGUGUUUAGACAUGCAGAUUGUGCAUCAAGUCUGUAUUCCCAUAUGCUGGUUAGUCUGCGUGUUGAGUGAUACUUUGGCAGCGCUGAAGACAGCCAUAAUCCCCCUGAAUGCUGUAUUUACCACGAGCAGUCUGACAGCCAAGCAAAUUACAGGUCUAUAACAUCUUUGGUGCUGCACUGCAGAAACGUGACUCGGGACAUGGUUGAAGAACUAGGUCUCUUUGCCUCCUAGGUGAGGGCCUUUGGUAUGCAUCAUGGCCCUACCAACGAUCCCGGUUUCAUAUACAUGAUUGGUAUUCUUUUUUGUUUCUGUAUAGAGGCAUGUCGGUUCUCGUUUCAAUAGAGAAGAUCUUUAAUUAGGUCUUAAUUUGAUUUAAGGAAAAAAAAUGCCCUGUAAUUCCUGGCACGCCAAUGGUUCGGGGGGUGAAGUUUGCUAAAGACAGGGUGGUAUCCAAGACUGCCGCCGACUUGCAUGCCAAGAAUACAUUUGCAAGUACCUGAUUUUACAGCGAGCUCUGUGAACAUUCCAUGGGCUGAGAUUUAAAUCUGUUGUGUGGACAUGCUGACCAAAAUGGUUCCAGACUGCACACCAGUAGCAGAUACAGGUUUAUUUGAAGUGACUUAAUGGCUAAUAAAACAUGGUUGCCAUCCAAGACUAAACACAUUACUAUGCAGGAGAACAGGAAAUCAUGGAGAGUGGGCCAAAUGAGGUCACUAAGAGUUCAGUCAUGGCAAGACGUAACCAAAACAAGACUGUUUUUUCUGGAAACUAUUUUUUCCUGGUUAUAUCAUGUGGUCAGGAAAAAUGUCUGGCCCUUAGUUGUGAAACAUGGAAGUAUUUUAUCGCCAUAGGUUUAAUGCAGGUUGUCAAACUUUCACCUGGAGAAAAGGGCUAGUCAUUGGUGCAGCUGCAUGCAAUAAGGAGGUUUCAUGUCACAGUGAAACCCAGCUGUAGAUAUAGUGACCCAUUGUGGGUCAAAGAGUGAGCUGGACAUAGCCACAUGGAUGUGCUGCCUUAUUAAUCUCAUCCCGCUAUGCUCUGGCGCUCACUCCAUUCAAAGUAUAUCUGGAGGACAAUACAGUGUUUCAUUGGUUGGAAAUCUUCGCUCAUCUGGCUCCAGCCUCUGCAGUGUAUCGCGUAAAACAUAUUUGAUGGAUGUAUUCCUGCAGUGCAUGAUGCGUUUUCAUGAAGGUGGCUCGAUAGGAAUAUUGGUCAAAAAAAAAAAAAAAAAAAAUUGUAGACUGUAAUACUAGGCCGUACUGAAGGGCCUUGAGGGUAUCCCUUUCAGUGUAAUCUUUGUUUGCUCUCAGCUCUCAUUCAGUAACCACAACAGGUCUAACUGGAAGGUCUCCUCUCCCAUGUUUGAAAUUCAGGUGAGGACAAGUUCGGGCAAAAACUUUUCAUGCUUGUGCCACCAGGAUAACGCUCUGCAAAUUAAUUGUUUGACAGUGGCACGUUUGAUGCUGCUUCUCAUGUCAGGGUGCCGCGUAAGGACAAAAAUGGCACAGAAAUUGGAGGGAGAAACGAUGUAUCAAUUACAUAGUUACGUUUCUCCCAACCAAAAAACCUGACUCCAGUUAGGCUACAGUUGAGUUUUUUAAUACUUUUAAAUGAGAAGUAGUAAUAAAUACCAACUAGCAUCUGCAUUUCCUUUCUCAAUAGCAAAUAGACUACGGCAUCUUUCCACUGUUUACUAACAUUUAUCUAAUGUAAUCAAUGUAGGAGCAAACAUUUAAAUCUAAAUGAAAAGGCAGCUGGAGCUUUGUAAAGACUUAUUUUUCUACAGAUGGUUUAAGCAGAGUCUCGUUCCACAUACUUGUGUUUGGAAGGCUACAGUUUUCGCUUUUGGAGCCAAGACCUCUGCAGCUGUUGUACAGGCGUUUGUCGAGUGGGGGCUAGAGGAGAGGAGCUAGGGUUUCUGUUUACCUUUUGGAUCUUAUGAAUUAAAGAUGGUGGCUCGCAAAGAACGUGAUACAUUUAAGAUGGUGAAGCUCAGAACCAGGUCCAUGGGCCAGAACCUGUAACCACCCCCCACCCCAAACACACGUACACACACCCUGCCUCAUUUGUCAUCUGAAAACAGUUCCUUAUUGUGCAUAUGGCUGUGUCUCUCGUGGCUACUAUCCAGUUCCGUAAUGAGCAGCAGCUGGCUCCGAGGGCUGUACUCGGAGCUGCAUCCCUGGCCCUGAUGAAUGCAUCAGUUGUUGGUUGUUUAGCAGUCCCUCUCUGUUCAGCCCCCUGCCAUCCAUACUCGUACUGUUGCAGCCCCCCAGUUAGAAUUUACUGUGGUCCAGUUGACCUGGAAAAGUGUCACGGCCUGGCAUCACGUCCUUGCCUGCAGUUAAAAGAAAACAAUCUUCUUGGAAGGUGUGUGCAACAUUAGCCAUGCAGACUUCUGUUAGCAGUUCAUUGUGUAGCUAGUGACGACAUCUGCUACUGCAAUGAGCUGAAGUUGUUGGCUCAAGUUCCUCUUAUUGCGCUUGUGCUUGUCUGUGCCACAUGAGGAGAACAAUGAUAAUGCCAUGACUGCACAGCAGAGUUUCAGGCCAUAUGAAGUGAUAUCUGUGAUGACUCGAGUGGAAAUUGUAGGUCAGCUUCCUCCAUUUAUAGUAAUUGAAUGAAAAGGCCUCUUUGGCGUGUUCAGACUGGAGGCCCCUGCUUGUUCAUUUCUUUCUUUCCCUUUUUAUGGGCCUCUGGAAAUGUUUUUAAAUGUUUUUCAAGGCUAAUGCUCUAUUUCAAGAUGGCCGCGGUUAACUCGCUGUCUCUCUUUUCCUCCUCUUGGGUUUUCCACACCACAAGUGUUCAUAAUUUACAUAUUAUCAACUAUGUGGGAACUGGGGGAGGCCACUAAUCUCAAAACUGUAGGAGAGGAGGAGUGUAUUUGUUGUUAAUCAUUGUCUGAACAAAAAAAAUUAUACUGCUAUGAUUUGCUGGGCAGUGUAGUCUGAUUCACUGAUACUCUCUUUGUGGGUUAUGCACGUCUAAAUUAAACAUUGAGACAACCUUUGAAAGACAACAUGCUGAGGCAAAGGCUCCCGGCUGGCUAAAAUUGACUUUUGGGUAAUCUGUCCUAGAUAUCGUUCAGUCCCCCCUCUUAAUGGCCUCUUCCUCUCGGCCAGUGGGUUUCCUGUCUCAGCUGAAGGCGUCCAGAGUGCUUAGUGGAGAAUCAGUCUGAGGUGGAGCAGGAGGUCACAGGGCCUGGGAGAGGCAGUGGAAAAUGCUCUGUUGCUAAAAACAUUGACUGACACUGAGGCUUUGGGUCACUGGGUUAUUAUGAUCCUACUGUAUUCUGUUAGUAGUGACUGCAUUAUAUAGGACAGAUUAGUUGCAUUGUUUUUUGUCGUUUCCAUUAUAGCUUGGAAUGGUAAUGUUCCACAGAUAGCCACCACUAAUGUUUUUAUUCAUUAGUAAUGGCAUUUUAUAACAUAGAACAUAAUUAGUCAUAACUUGUAAAUGGUAAUGAUUAUAGGGGUAGCUACUAGGGGUGUGAACAUUUUAACGAAGUUGGGAUUGUUAACGUUAAGAAAACUCCCUAACCAAAAAAACGGUUUUCCCCACAUAAUUGAAAUCACAGUGCAGUUAUCACAAAACAUAUUCUUUUUCAUUUUAUAGCCUAACUAGACUGGGGACAGUUUUUAAUAAGACCAGAGACUUUGGUGAAUUUGCGAGGCAUGCACGACAAGACAGACAUAUGCACGUGGUUCUGCCUGCCCCGCCUCUCUCUCCCUCACGCUGGCCUGCCUGCUCUUUCUCUUUGCUAAUGAUGUGAGUGUGUGUUCAGUCUUCGGUCUGUUGCCUGUAGGAUAUCCUAGUUUAUUCAUGGGACCGAUGUCGCCGGGAUACAGAGGUAUCUUCAGGACAGUCUUGCGGGCACGGGGUACUCUUCGUUACUGAGUGGGUGGCAGGGCCGGCCUGCUCAUUAGGUAGGAUUAGUCUGCCGACUAUGGCGGCAGAUUGACGUGGUCGGCAUUUUCUGAGCUAAACUGACCUCCAACAACAUGUAAAACCUCACAUUUCUUCUCAACCAGUGAUAUAUGGGCUUUCUAGGUGAGCGGUGAUGCCACCCUGUGAUAAGCAGUGCCCACUUUCUGAAAGGCAUGGCCGCAAAAUAUUUUGCUUGUCCAUUCCCAGUGCACCUCUCUGUUGGAGAGACGCUUCGCUGUGGCGCUCCACCAACGUUCCGUCAAAAAAAUUAUCUAACAUAAAUCAUGUAGCAGAUGAUAGCAUAUGAUAGAAAGAGGAUGUUGCCUUUUCUGUAGCCUACAGGCUGGAGAUGAAAUGAAUGACAAUGUAAUGAGAUGGACACUUUUUACAGCAGGUUUCUCCGAUCAAAGAACCUAAACUAAAUGGCACCCAAUCCCCCCAAAAAUGCACUGACAUUUUAACAAACAAUAUAUUCUAAAAACAGGAUAGGUCAAAGGUAAAUGGACAAUAUGGAAUGGACAAUCAGGCUACUCACAACUGCUGUCCAGGAGUUUCCUCCUGUGGGCUAAAUUGUCAUAAUCAAUACAUUUUUGACGAGCUGAACAUAGCAAAAAGGAAAAUACUUCUGCAUUUCUCGCUGCGUAAACACAUUGCAAAUAGGAUCAAGAUAACUCCUGAUAAAGUUGGGUAGCUGAUAUUCAGAGCUUAUAUAUAUAUUAUUAUUAUUAUUAUUAUUAUUAUUAUCAUUAUAUUAUAAAUAGGCAAAUUGAUUAGUCACAGGAAUCAAGACUAAUAAAGCCAAUGCAAAGGCCUGUUUUACAAACGGUGGGCCUAUCACCACAAAUUCCAUUGCGGGCCACACCGUAGGCUACACCCCAUUAAGCACGGACCGACGCCAACGUCUUUUUUUGGUCCUGUCCAGACCGGCUGACAUUUUUUGUUUGUUGGUGUUCUACAAAAGGUAGUCCUACCACAUAGAUGGGCAUUCAUAAAAUAAAAAUAAAAAUUCAAUUUGGUUCUGAAUUAAAGUUGAAAAUACGUACUUUCAACGUCCAGAAAAUAUGUAUUUUCAAUUUUAAUUCAGAACCGAAAAUUAUCUUGAUUUCAACGUCCGGAAAAUACGUAUUUUUCAACGUCCGGAAAAUACGUAUUUUUCAACGUCCGGAAAAUACGUAUUUUUCAACGUCCGGAAAAUACGUAUUUUUCAACGUCCGGAAAAGACGCCUUUUCAACGUCCCGGAAAAUAUGUAAUUGAAACAUCCGGAAAAGACGUCUUUUCACCUUUUAUUCAGAACCUAAAUUGAACCAACGUCUGAAAAAUACAUUUGUUUGUCUCGCCUAGGGCGGCAGAACUGCCAGGACCAGUCCUGGUGGGUGGGGGUGUUUUUGUCUCAUAAUAUGAAAUUACAGCUACAUGUAGCCUGUAUCGAUUACCCUUUUCAGAUAUAAUGGAAUCUGGCCCGUUAAAAGCGCCUCAGGUACAGCAUGUUUGUUUGUCUGUUAGGGUAGGCAACACUAUGGCUUUUUAAAUGCCGACACAAAACCUUCUCUGGAGAUAUGAACAGCAUUUUACUUGUCUGUAAAGUAAUGCUGCUUCUGAGCAGGACUAACUUCCAUUACUAGGCAACCAGAAAUGUCAAUCAAAUAAUCUCGAGCUGCUGCAUGCAGCCUGCCUGCUGCCUGCCAGCAGAUUACUCUCUCCUAAAAAAGUACUUUAAAGUUCUUUAAAUACUGUGACUUCCCAAUACAUUUUAGUAGAAAGAGAGCACAUCUAGCUACGCUACCAUUAAAAACCGCAUACAAAACAACACAGCAGCGCAUCAAUCAGCAACAUUUAUUGUUGUCAGGGAAACAAUAGAACAUUAUAUGCCGGAGCAGAAUUCUACUGUCUGAAAAGGUACAGACUCUUCUGAUGCGACAUUUUUUAUUUGUCUGAAAGGUUAUCAGUUGUCGCUAUUGACAUGUUACUGUAGCUGUGUUCUAUGUCUGUCGGUAGAUAUAACUUCAUUGUCCAGCCCAAGCGGUCAUACAUACGUAAUAGGACCAUUAUUCUACAUUGUGAAUUGACAUGGAAUUUUAAGAUUCUUUCUUAUUGUUUACAUUUACAUUUUAGUCAUUUAGCAGACGCUCUUAUCCAGAGCGACUUACAGGAGCAAUUAGGGUUAAGUGCCUUGCUCAAGGGCACAUCGACAGAUUUUUCACCUAGUCGGCUCGGGGAUUAGAACCAGCGACCUUUCGGUUACUGGCACAACGCUCUUAACCACUAAGCUACCUGCCGCCCAGGUGAAAAAAAAGAUUGAACUGAAUCUUUUUUUGCAGUUUAAACGUUAAGCAAAAUUGUCAAUUUGUAACAUCCCUACACCCUACCACCCAUUUUGCUACUGGUGUGGCUCCAUUGCCCCUGUGUGCGGUAAGAUUUCAUAGUCUUCUUUCUGCACAAAACUAUUAAUGGAGGGAACGACGCCUCAGGCUUUGCGACAGUGUGAGACUUGUACACAGAGUAACUUUGAUUAUGUAAUCCAAGCAAUCCAGUUUAUAGUACUUACUGCACUGAUUGAUUAUAGGUUAAUUGUGUCUAAAUGUUGUCAUUAGUCUCUGUCAAGAACCCUCUCAGAUCCCCACUUUGUAGUGUUUGUUUUAUUUAUCAUUGAGGGUGUUUAAGGUAGCUUAAUUUAAGAUGCAAAUUUUAAUUAACCCGGUUAUCCUAACCCAGACAGCAGGAAAUGAGCCCAUUUCUUCAGAAAACAUUUAGAAGCAGCUUGUUUUUGAUGAUCUAGGCAAUUAGAUAAAACAAAGGAAUGUAACACUUGUUUCCCACAGCAGGAGGCUAGUUUAGAAUUGAGAAAAAUGACAACAACAUUGAACAAGUCUCUGUCGAGUCCCUUUUUUCCCUCUGCCCCAUCAGGCCUGAUAGCAUGGAAACAGGAAAUACAACUAUCCCCUGCCCUUGAGUGUGUAGCCUGGGCUGACUGCUCUAACAUGGAGAAAGUUUCCCCUUUAUGUCUGUUAGCAGUCUGGGAAAGGAUUGCUACUGCACAUUAGUGGUAAUUAAUUAAGACCCAUGGUGAUUUCUUUCUAAAGGUCUUGUCUGUGCUGGUAGCAUGUAGUCUGUUAAUGAGUGGCCAUUUGUAUGCUAUAAAAUGGAAAUAGCUCUUCCAGGGGUCUACUUUGUCGCAUUUCUCUCAAAUAUAUUACAGUACAGGUCUCAAUUAAUGUUUUAUGGUAUGUGAGGAGAGGCCUUUAAAAAAAUUAGUUGGGCCUUGAGCUUUAAAGGGACAAUCUGCAGUUGUUACAUACAUUUUUGGACUUAUAAAUGAAUAACAUGUACCCAUUGAUACUUGAAGAAUAUAGCUUAUUAAUGCCUCAUGAGCUUAGUUCGUGCCCCACCAGAACCCCAAAUAUAAGCUUGUUUUACUCCAAUGUUUGUUAACAAAGUAUAUGUAAACAUACACUAUAUAGCCUCAAAACAUGUUUCAAACUAUAAUGGUGAUAUCAUGGAUGGUCCUUGCAUCCAUAGCUCUGUCCAUGAAUUUGAGAGUGGUUACUUUUCUCCAGCCUCAUCCCUCAGCUUUGGAGUGUGCGUUGUUAUUGUUUCAACUGCUGAUUGCCCCUUUAAGGAUAUUAAUAUGUAGAUACAAGUAUUUUUUGUAUACUUUUGCAAUCGUAUUGAUAUGUCUUUAGUUAAAUGUAUGGCUGGGAUGAUAAUGACUCAAUCAUGGACACGUGAUGUAUUGUUGUCUCUACCUUCUUGCCUUUGUGCUGUUGUCUGUGCCCAAUACUGUUUGUACCAUGUCUUGUGCUGCUACCAUGUUGUGCUGCUACCAUGUUGUUUUCAUGUUGGGUUGCUACCUUGCUGUGUUGUUGUGUGUUGCUGCCAUGUUAUGUUGUUGUCUUAGGUCUCUUUAUGUAGUGUUGUGUUGUCUCUCUUGUUGUGAUGUGUGUUUGGUCCUAUAUUUAUAUAUAUAUAUAUCUUAUUUUUAUCCGCGCAGGAGGCCUUUUGCCUUUUGGUAGGCCGUCAUUGUAAAUAACAAUUUGUUCUUAACGGACUUGCCUAGUUAAAUAAAGGUUAAUUAAAAUUAAAUAAAAAAUAAAUGUACUGUGCUUUCUUAGGAGAAUCAAAGGCCUUUUGCAUCAAAUACCCCUUUAGAGCAUCAAUUACACCAGCUUUGUUUUCCAUAGUCCUUCACAAAAGAUCUGCCAUACUCAUGCUGAGCUGAUUACUGAUUACUCUGCCAGAGACCAGGGUCAUGCUCUCAAUUCCUUUCAAUGGUUUUAUUUUAACAACAUGGCUUUACCACUAAUCAGUCUGUGCCUUAGGAAAUUAAAGGUUGGCGUAAUAGAAUUCUUCAAAGGUAAAAUAUCAAUGGGAAAAUGGAGUGACUAUAUUUUGAAGGUCAGAUAUAUAUUUGAGAAUAUAGGGGCACCAUGGAAAAAAGGAAUUAGUCACCUUCGUAUGAUCACUAUGAGCACUGAAACUUAGUGGAAAGACUAAUUAUACCCUCUCUGUAUUACUUUGAUUAACUGUAACACUGCCAUAUUAAUCUUGGAAAUGUGCUGAAAGAAGUUGGGGUGAAAAUUGAUGUUUAAUUCAAUGCUUUUGAUGUGGUAAACGAAUAGUUAUUUUUUCUCCUCUUUUCUAGGAUUCCGUAAAAUUAGCCUGGAUGACCUUCGCAAAGCCUACAUCGUCAAGGACGUGCAGCAGUACAUCCUCCACCGGCUCGACCAGGAGGAGGCCCUUCGCCAGCACCUCACCAAGGAGACAGCCGAGAUGCUCAACCAGCUACACAUCAAAAGCAGCGGCUGCUUCCUGUACCUGGAGCGCGUGCUGGACGGAGUGGUGGAGAACUUCAUCAUGUUGCGAGAGAUCCGUGACAUUCCCGGCACGCUCAAUGGCCUCUACUUGUGGCUCUGCCAAAGGCUGUUUGUCCGGAAGCAGUUUGCCAAAGUCCAGCCUAUUCUCAACGUGAUCCUUGCAACCUGCAGGCCGCUUACUUUCAAGGAGCUUUACCACGCUGUCUGGACCAAAAACAUGUCUCUCACCAUGGAGGACUUUCAGAAGAAGAUGGACAUCCUCUCCAAGUUGUUGGUCGAUGGCCUCGGAAGUACUAAGAUCCUCUUUCACUACAGUUUUGCAGAGUGGCUCCUGGAUGUUAAGCAUUGUACCCAAAAGUACUUGUGUAAUGCAGCGGAGGGACAUAGGAUGAUGGCGAUGAGUUACACUUGCAAGGCCAAGCAGCUCAAACCGCUGGAGGUGCAGGAGUUUGCCCUGCAUCUGAUCAACUCCAACCUACAGAUAGAGCCUUUCAACCUGGCUCUUUGGAUGGUGUGGAAUGGUACACCCGCUAAAGACUCUCUUUCCACCUCCAUACCUAAAGAGCAGGAGGUGCUGCAGCUUCUGGUCAAAGCUGGAGCUCACGUCAACAAUGAGGACGACCAUGCCUCUUGCAUAGUACAGCAGGCACUGGAGAGAGAGGAUUCGAUUCGGACAUUGCUAGACAAUGGAGCCUCUGUGAACCAAUGUGACUCUAGCGGGAGAACUUUGCUGGCCAAUGCAGCAUACAGUGGAAACCUGGAUGUGGUGAACUUUCUCAUAUCCAGAAGAGCAAAUAUGGAGAUGGAGGACAACCAUGGACAAACGGCACUUACACUUGCGGCAAGACAAGGGCACACUAAGGUGGUCAACUGCCUCAUCGGCUGUGAUGCAAACAUCAAUCACACAGACCAUGAUGGGUGGACUGCCCUUAGGUCUGCAGCCUGGGGUGGGCAUUCGGAGGUGGUGUCUGCUCUCCUCUACACUGGUGCCAAAGUUGACUGUGCUGAUGCCGACAGCAGAACCGCCUUGAGAGCCGCAGCUUGGGGAGGUCAUGAAGACAUCGUUCUGAACCUCCUCCAACACGGGGCAGAAGUCAACAAAGCAGACAAUGAAGGAAGGACAGCUCUCAUUGCAGCGGCAUACAUGGGGCACAGAGAAAUCGUAGAGCACCUCUUGGAACAUGGGGCAGAGGUGAACCAUGAAGAUGUGGACGGAAGGACAGCCCUCUCAGUUGCAGCUCUCUGUGUGCCUGCCAGUAAAGGCCAUGCCUCUGUCGUAAGCCUCCUCAUUGACAGGGGUGCAGAGGUCGACCACUGCGACAAAGACUGCAUGACACCCCUCCUCGUGGCUGCCUAUGAAGGACAUGUGGACGUAGUUGAUCUGCUGCUGGAAGGUGGAGCUGAUGUGGAUCACACUGACAACAAUGGCCGAACGCCUCUUCUUGCUGCAGCAUCCAUGGGCCAUGCCUCUGUUGUCAAUACCCUGCUUUUCUGGGGUGCAGCUGUAGACAGCAUCGACAGUGAAGGAAGAACUGUUCUGAGCAUAGCGUCCGCUCAAGGGAACGUAGAGGUGGUCCGAACUCUGCUGGACAGAGGGCUGGACGAAAAUCACAGAGAUGAUGCAGGCUGGACCCCACUGCACAUGGCCUCAUUUGAGGGUCACCGGCAAGUAUGCGAUGCCCUCAUUGAGCAAGGUGCCCGAUGCACAGAGGUGGAUAACGAUGGUCGAAUACCCCUGAUAUUGUCUGCGCAAGAGGGUCACUAUGACUGUGUCCAUAUUCUUCUGGAAAACAAGUCUUGCAUCGACCAAAGAGGUUACGAUGGGAGGAAUUCUCUCAGGGUGGCUGCACUGGAAGGCCACAGGGAUAUUGUUGAACUGUUGCUGAGUCAUGGCGCUGAUAUAGACUAUAAAGACGCAGACGGACGCCCAACAUUAUACAUAUUGGCACUUGAGAAUCAGUUAGCAAUGGCGGAGUACUUCCUUGAAAAUGGGGCCAAUGUGGAAGUUAGCGACACAGAGGGAAGGACGGCCCUCCAUGUGUCCUGCUGGCAAGGGCAUGUAGAAAUGGUCAGGAUGUUGAUCAACUAUCAUGCCGGCGUGAACUCUUGUGACAACGAGAAGCGAUCCGCCCUCCAGUCAGCAGCUUGGCAAGGCCACACAAAGGUUGUGCGGUUCUUGAUUGACAAUGGCACUCACGUGGAUCAUACAUGUAAUCAGGGGGCAACAGCGCUUGGCAUUGCUGCCCAAGAGGGGCACAGAGAUGUAGUGCAGAUCCUUCUGGAGCAUGGUGCUGACCCCAACCACGCAGACCAGUUUGGACGCACAGCCAUGCGAGUGGCUGCAAAAGGGGGGCAUUCAAUGAUCAUCAAACUUCUUGAGAAGUAUGGGGCCUCAAGUCUUAAUGGCUGUAGUCCUUCACCAGUACACACUAUGGAACAGAAAACCCCACUCUCUGUAGCUGGGAAAAUGCAGUCUCUCACAAUCAAAUCCAACAGCUCUGGCAGCACAGGAGCUGGAGACAUGCAGUCAUCUGGACGUGGUCUACAGAACGGUCCUGUCCACGCCUUCAGCUCCCCUUCAGAAUCUCCUGACUCUACCGUGGACAGACAGAAGUCCUCUCUCUCAAAUAAUUCCCUCAAAAGUUCUAAGAACUCACUGAGAACCACCUCGUCCACCGCGACUGCACAGACUGUGCCGAUAGAUAGUUUCCACGGAAUGACCUUCACAGAGCAAAUCCAGCAACACUCUCUGCCUCGCAGUCGGAGCCGACAGUCCAUCGUCUCACCUUCCUCCACCACCAAGUCCAUUGGACAUCAUCCGGGGUCUCCAUCAAGUGAAUUUGACUGGGCUCAGGUUAAGCCAGGUCUCAAGUCGACCAAAGGGAAUAAGACCGGAAAUGACACAUCCAACGGCAAAUGGGGGUCAGGAGACAAGAAAAGGCUCAAGAGCUUUGUCUCAACCCAGGGUCAGGUGUUAGAAUAUGAGAUGACCCAGUUCGAUAAGAGGAUUGUGCUCAACAAAUCUGUAGCGAACAUUGCAGUGAAGGAUCCUCAUUGUAAGAUCAUGGUUGGCGGCUCCACCCAGCCAGAUGGGGGGCUGACCCAAGAGCAGUUAUUCAUCCAACAGCAGAGCAUUGCAGAGAAGAAGCGAAAUGGCAUUAUGACCAACCCUAACUACCAUCUUCAGGGCAAUCAGGUUUUCCUCGGGAGGGUUUCUGUCCCAAGGACUGUAGAGAAUAGAGGACACCAGGACGUGCUGGAGAACUACCCUAUAGGGGAGACUGAAUUAAGCCUUAAACAAGCACUGAAACUGCAGAUAGAAGGAUCAGACCCUGGGUUUAACUACAAAAAGGAGACACCAUUAUAG